UUUCCCAAUGAAGUGGACCACCCACUCCAAGAGAUAAUAAUUUCAUUUUCUGCAGACUUUUGAAUCCAUUGAACAUGUGACCACAAAACUCUGUCAAAAAAAAAACUUUUCUUUUUCACUCAUCUUAUUAUUGCUCUAGUAGUGAGCUUAAUGUUGUUUCUUUCUCUGUCUCUCACUACUACUACUCACUAGACUCCUCCAUAGCUAAGCUCCACCUACUACAAUAGUCUCCACGCGCUUUUAUAUUACUGCCACAGUGGCAAAUCCACCUUCCUCCCUCUCAUGGCCACCACCACCACACCCAUCACCAUCUUCAACACCUUUCGCCGCCGCCUCAAUCGCACCUGAUCACUCCUCCUCCUCCGUCGCUGUCGGAGUCAGUACUCCAGACUACAUGCUAGGUCUUCGAAACAUCAUUCUCUUAUCUCCACCACCGCAGAUAGCACGUCCGUCUCCGUCGCCGGUAAACCUCGCGGCAGUGGAAGAAAACAAAGCAGAGAAAGUGUGCAGAGACUGUGGAAACAGAGCAAAGAAAGAGUGUUUGUUCGAAAGGUGUAGGACUUGUUGUAAAAGCAGAGGAUACAACUGUGCUACGCACGUGAAGAGCACGUGGGUUCCUUCUUCUGCAAUUCGUUCUUCAUCUUCUCCUUCUGAGAGGAAGAAGAAGCUCAAAAUCGACAAACAGAGUUCAACUAAUGUCUCGCUCGUUCAGACAACCUCUUCUCGUCAAGAGAGAAGCUUCAAAGAGGGAUUACCGGGAAAAAUUGAAGCUCCGGCGGUAUUUAAACGGACGAGAGUAACAGCGAUAAGCAACAACGAGCAAGCAGAGAUUGGUUAUCAAGCGACAGUAACCAUUAGUGGUCAUGUCUUCAAAGGCUUUCUUCAUUACUAUGGUGUUGAUCACAAUAAAGCCUUCCCUUGUCUUUCUCAAAAACGAUGAAACGACUUCAUAGGAUUCUGUAUAGACUUUCUCUGUUUUUAUCUUUUUUUAAAAAUAAUGUGGAUUUUAAUAUUCAACAUUAAUGGGACAAAACAUCAAAACAUUAA